AUGAUUAGGCCUUCCAAACCUGACUAUUUUGAAUACUUUGGCAGAAUUUAUGGAAUUCUAUUGUAUAAAGAAUUUGUCCAGUACUAGGAUGACAUAAAAGCAUUUGAGGCAAGAGCAGAUGACCUUGUCAUUGCCACCUAUCCCAAAUCUGGCACGACCUGGCUUAGUGAAAUUGUAUACAUGAUCUAUAAAGAGGGUGACGUGGAAAAGUGCAAAGAAGAUGUCAUUUUUAAUCAAAUACCUUACCUGGAAUGCAGAAAAGAAGAGUUGAUGAAUGGAAUAAAACAUUUAAAACACAUGGCUUCUCCUAGAAGAGUGAAGACUCAUCUGCCACCUGAACUUCUCCCAUCCUCAUUGUGGGAAAAAAACUGUGAGGCAGCCAGCUCCAAAAAGAAUGAUACAUGUAACUCCAAAAUCUAUGCUCCAAAUUCUGAAGAUUCUAAUGUUUCUUAUUUGUUUACUUUUAUUAUAAAAGCCAUGCAUCCUAACUUCUUAGUGCCAGAACUUGCAAGAAAUCAGAGGAGAGUGAUAAAAUUGAUGCAGUUCCUAGGAAGGAAGCCAUCAGAGAAGUUUGGAGACAAGAUUAUACAACUUGCUUCAUUCCAGAUGAAGAAUGAUCCAUCUACCAGUUAGACAGCACUGCCAGAUGAAAUCAUGAACCAAAAAGUAUUUCCUUUCUUCAGAAAAGCUAAAAUAAGAAAAGAUAAAAAUUAGGAUCAGAAAUAAAUGAAACUGAAUACAGGAAAGCAAAAGACA